AUGACAGUCCAAAACACUUACCUCAUCGCGUACAACGCGCUCUCCUUCCUGUUAUGGGGCCAUAUCACCGUAUCAACGGUCCUGCAGCUGCCGGGCUUGUACGCCGAGUCCCGGCUCGCGGAUCUAUACGCUGACGUGCUGCCGCUCCUCAGCGCGACGCAGACCCUGGCACUGCUCGAGGUCGUACACGCGGCACUCGGCCUGGUGCGCGCCUCGGCCGGAACCACGGCGUUGCAGAUUGGCGGCAAGAAUCUCGUCGUCUGGACCGUCAUGGUCAAGUUCCCCGAGAUCAUCACCGGCAGCGGCGAGAGCAGCCAAUGGGGCGUCGCCUUCUUCCUGGGCUGCGUCCUGGCCUGGGGCUGUUCCGAGAUCAUUCGCUACGGAUACUUUGUGGCUCAGUUGAGCACUGGUGAUACACCUCGCUGGCUCAAGUUGCUGAGGUACAACGCUUUCCUGCCUCUGUAUCCAAUUGGCUUGUUGAGUGAGGCUGGUCUGGUGUAUCUGGCCCUGACAGAAGGUACUGGUGUUGGUCAGUUCUACAAGGGAUACCUCUUACUUGGACUGCUCACAUAUCUCCCCGCCGGUCCUUUUCUGUACACCCAUAUGCUGUCACAGAGGCGAAAAGUGUUGAAGCAGCUUUCUGGCAAGAAGAACUAA